AUGGGAUUGUAAGGCCCUUGGAGGGACAAGGUUUCAAUUUUUAUAUCCAAAUUUGGUUUUUACGAACAAAAUUUAGCUUUAAUUUUGAAAAACAGCAUUUUUGAUGUUUCACGAAAUUUUUCCAAAAUUUUUUCGUAUUCCAUUAGAUUUUUUAGACUAGAAUGAAAGAAUAAUGUCUAAUUUAUUUUAUUCUACCUUAACUUCCAUAAUAUUACAUCAAAUUUCGACAAAUUUACCUUAUUUUAGACCUCAUCUGACCUUAUACUAAAUUUUUCAACCAAUAUCAAUAAAAAAUUACUUUUUUGAUUCCCAUUCAUUGCGCUCUUACUCAUUCGCUCCCAUACACUGACUCACUCACCAAAAACUUACAAUUUUCAUUUAUUUUCAGCCCCAAAUCCAUUCAAAAAAGGGGCGGCGCGCAGAGAGUGCGCGGAACGAGGAGCGCCGCCAGAGACAAUCCCUCUCGCCCAUAUUUUUCUCUGCGCUCAGAAGAGCGAAAAAAAGACGGGGAAGAAGAAGAGCCAGCUGUUUUUGCGCUCGGUUCGAUUGUACCAGGUGACAAUACUCGGUGGAAAAGAAGGCCUCCUCCUCUGAUCUCGACUGGGUGGAAUCGAGUGGCUCAAGUAAGUUGGUUUCCCCUUUUUUCCAUUGAUUUUUAGACACGAAGUGAGAAUGAAGACGUGGGGAGAAGGGAAUUACAUUAUCCGGGACUUUCAGGAAGCAAGAGUCAUGAGGAAAAUUGAUUUUGAGCGCAAGGAUAAUGUAGAAAAGUUUGAGAGGAAAAGUUCGAGAUGUACCUAAAUUAAUGUUGGAAGUUGGGUUUGAAGGGUGAAAGUAGAACGUUGGAUGUAUUCCGAUUAAAGUAGAGACGAAACUGGGCUAGAUGGGGGAUAAUUGACCUCAAUUUUCUAAUUUUCCUUCAAAGAUCGAGGUCUUCGAAUUUUUUAGAUAACAAAUAAAAUUAGUUUUGAUGUAUAUAGGAGUUUUAUGGCUACAUAAGACAGAUAGAUGUGUCUAGUAUUAGUUUUAAGAUUAAUUUUCGUGAGUUUCCUUCGAAAAUUACCGAAAUUUGGCAUUAAUUUAUGUUAGACUACCCCCAAUCUCAAAUCAAGUAAAAUUUCGCUAAAAUCUUCGGCCUCCUGAUGAAUUUUUGUUUCAGCAAGACCAACUUGUGAAGAACGUUUCGGGCGCCAGUACUUUGUUUUUUCCAUCAAGGUUUUUCCUUUUGACUUCAAAUUAA